GAAAGUGGACAGCAGAAGCUGAUAAUGGAGGUUGAAAACUUCACUAUGGUGUCAAAAUUUGUCUUAUUAGGACUCACUAAUGACCGUAAGACCCAGAUUUUGCUUUUUGUGGUCAUCCUCAUUUUCUAUCUAUUUAUUCUUGUGGGAAACUUUGUGAUCAUCAUACUGGUGUUAGCUGACUCCAAGCUUCAUACACCUAUGUACUUCUUCUUGACUCACCUCUCCAGUCUGGAGAUCUGUUAUGUCUCCAGCACUGUGCCCCAGAUGCUGGCUCAUCUCUUCUCUGGAAAUGGAACCAUUUCUUUCAUACGUUGUACAACUCAGAUGUACAUUGCUUUGUCCUUAGGUAGUACUGAAGGAUUUCUGUUGGGGGUCAUGGCCUAUGAUCGCUAUUUGGCCAUCUGUCAUCCUUUCAUGUAUACUGUUGCCAUGGACAAGUGGCGCCAAAUGCAACUCACCAUAGCUUCAUGGGUUGGUGGCUUUCUCCUGUCUGUGAUGAAUGUGGGCUGUACAUUACGCCUCCCCUUUUGUGGCCCCAAUCGUAUCAACCAUUUCUUCUGUGAACUGCCAGUGGUGUUAAAACUUGCCUGUGCUGAUACCUAUGUUACUGAGAGCAUAAUUUUUGGAGCAGCGGUUCUGAUCCUGUUGAUUCCUCUUUCAGUUAUCCUGACUUCCUAUGGGCUCAUUCUAUCAACUGUAUUACAGAUGCAGUCAGCAGCUGGCCGAAGCAAAGCCUUUUCCACUUGUGCUUCCCAUUUGGCGGUGGUCACGCUGUUCUAUGGCACUGUCAUAGCUAUGUAUAUGAGACCUCGGUCAAGCACAACUCCAGACAGUGACAAGAAAAUUGCUGUCUUUUACAUUGUAGUCACCCCUCUGCUCAACCCUAUUAUCUAUACCCUGAGAAACAAGGAUGUUCAUGGGGCAUUGGCCAAGAUGCUAAAUACCAAACACUAA